UCGAUAUAUGGACGAAACCACGUGUAUUCGGUGAGCUACCCUGCACUUCACUGUGCAAGAGGUGGUCGCGCGAUGAUGUGGUGGCUGUGCUAUGCUGCGCGCUGAGAUCGCCAUCGCCAUGUUUCACCAAUCUUACCUCGUUCAGGCGUGCGCCAGGCACCAGUAUCGUUGACUGUCAGCUGUGCAUCUCUUCUCUUCCUUCCUGUAACAUCUCAACUCCAUCGUCGUAUUUAAUCCCGUGUACUUAUAUAUUGUCGUCCAAUAAGGGGUCAUCGUAUCGCAUCAUCAGCCGGAUCUUUCAGGAUAGUCUCGACGCAGGAGGACGUCGCAACCUCGAUUUUGGGUAGUAGUCGGCCAGGACACGAUAUCGUUGUUUGGAGCCGGACCUGCUGGUUCUCAGUUUUGGCCUGUCUCGACCUACAACCGACCGUUGUAAGCGACCGCAAGCGCGACAGCAAACCAUGGACAACUCACAAGCCGACAAUGCCAUCGAGAUCAAGUCCAUGCUAUCAAAUGGCGGGCUACCAUCGUCAUGGAUAUCUAAUUCUCAGUACGAUCUGACCAACGCCGCUCCCUUGGUCACCCUCCUCACAUUACUCAUCCCUCUCUCACUCUACUACAUGCACAAACACUACCAAAAAAUGCAAGACAAAAACAGAAAACCCUUUGCAUUCACCGCCCUCCCCAGAGAGCUACGAGACAUGAUCUACACCCACCUCCUCGAAGACCCAAUCUACCCCCUCCCACCCACCAGCCCAAGCAGCAGCUCAUCCUACUGGAUCAUCCCCGGACGAUGGACGGCGCCCAUCCUGCGCCCCCAGCCGCGCGUGCCCAAGAAGGGAAACUGGGUCCUCCUCGCCAACAAGCAAUUGCACGAAGAAUUCAUGGACCUCGUGUGCAAAAGGCGGACCCUACACCUCACCGUCUCACCCCACAACUACCAGAAACCCUGCACAUCUUCCGACGGCAAGCCCGAGGCAGAGAAACCAAUAUGGACUAUUGCGCCCUCGACACUCCAGAACACUCGCACGUGCAACCUCCAGCUCGUUACUACGUCCAGCAUGCUCGGCGUCUCGGACCCGCGCAACAUGAAGAGCGACGACUGGGCGCUCGCGCGGCAAGUCCGCCGUGAACUGCGGCAUAUGAGUAACGUCACGUCGUUCGCGCUGGACGCGAAAGCCAUCGGUGACCCACUGUGGAACCCACUCUGGAUCUGGUACCACGCGAGUCAGUCCUUCAAGGACAUGGGCACCGCGUCUUCGUUGUCGUCUUCCCUGUCGUCGACUUCAUCUGCACCGCCGCCCUCGUCUUCUUCUUCUUCCACGGGCCCAAAACUCCACAAGAUCACUUUCUCGCUGGAUACGUGGUCGCCGGGGGAAAACCAUCUCGAGCGCGAUGCUAAGGGGUGUUGGGUGUGGUAUUGCCUGGCUGGACAUGCGGUAGGGGCGGAUGGCGGGGCGGAUAUGACGGUGAGGGAGUUUUGCGCGAGGCUGUAUCAGGAGUGUGUGGUUUGUCGGCCGGUACUCGAGGGCGAGGAGGAGUGACUAGACGGCGAGGAGUGGGUGGUGAGGCAGGAUUGGAUGCGGCAGCUGUUGGCUCGGUAUGAGAGUUUGCAUGCUGUGGGGUGGUAGAGGGAAGGGGGAGGCACGAAAAUUGGCGGCGUAUGAUGUGGUUCGUGGG